UUUCUCAACGAUCGGCUCUGCAUGGAAUCUGUAAUAGAUAAGAAGUCAUUUUCUAAUGAUGAGUACGUAUGCUCUCUGGAUCCAGAAAACCUAAGGAAAGCUAAAGAAGAGCUGCAUGAGGAUGAAAGCAUCCGAGAGUCAUCAAUCACCCAGAUGCGAGAGUACAUUGCCAAGGAUCCGCAGAUCAUAUGGUGCCGAACAGACCAUCUAUUCCUGUUGCUAUUCCUUCGAGUGCGCAAGUUCAAUGUACAGGCAGCAUGUGAAAUGCUAAGAAACAUGCUAAUGGCCAUCCAUACUGAACCAGAUUCGUUUAAACUACGGCCAACAGAAUGGGAUACAUUUAUCGCCCAACCAAUUUCACUUCCCCUGGGUCCGGAUGACAAAGGUCGCAUGGUGAUACUUUGUCGACAAGGUCAGAGCGAUGCCUCAACGGUCACAUUGGAAGAAAUUAUAAGGAUGUCCAUCUUGGUAUUUCAAACAUUCUGCUAUAUUGAAAGCUACCAGAUAAAUGGAGCGGUGCUCAUAAUUGAUUAUGAAGGAGUCACAAUGAACCAUUUUGCAGUUUGGACUAUACCAGUGCUGUCAUGGCAAAUCAAUAGCUGGUUACUCAUAAAUUUAAAAUUUUGCGCCCCUUGGAAAAUUCGCCCAUCAAAAUUUAUUGAUUUGAAAAUUGCGCCCCAUGCUUAA